AUGUCCCGAACCUUUUCUAUCAUGCUCCAGAGCCAGCCGCUCAAAAGCCCCAGCUUCACUUUGCUAUGCCGAGAGAAUAUUGGGAGAGUCUUCUCGAGUAUGCGCAAUCUUUUGACCAACUUCGAGAAGUCAAGAGAAAAGUUUACAAGUUCGGGGGAUCACCAAAUUGGGGUACAGACAGCGAGUUAUACCAUUGAGCUGUCGACACCAAAGCUGUCCAACGAAACAAGGGAUGUCUGGCUUGAGAUGACAGGCAUCUCUAUCACUGAGUCGCCUCCCUCUUCGGUCAGGAAAUUGUCUAUGGGAAUGUAA